AUGCCUUCUGACAAGCCCACCACAGCACCCGAAACAAAGGAUACUGCUGAGAAAACCGCCAUUGAAGCCAUUGAGGAAGAUGAUGAGUUUGAAGAGUUUGAACCAGCGAACUGGUCCGCAGGGGAUGAAGCAGCAGAAGAUACUCAACAAUGGCAAGACAACUGGGACGUUGAUGAUAUGGAUGAUGACUUUACCAAAAACUUGAGGGCAGAAUUGACGAGAAACAGCUAA